AUGGGCUGCCAUGAAUAUGAUAAUUUGUUGCAGACUUGGAGGAAGAACUCGUGGCUGAGAUCGAAUCGCGUUUUGAGGACUGUACAGACUCGGAGGAAGUGUGCUUCGUUGAUCGGUGAUAUGGGGUUUGCGGCCGGAGGCGGUGGAGCGCUGACAGGGUUUGCGGCGGUGGUUAGGGAUUGGAGGCGGAGGUGGAGGAGGUUUAGGGGAGCUUUGCGGGUUUUCGUGUGUGAGGAGAAUUCCAAAGCUGAGGAGUCGAAGGAAGCAAAACCAGAGAAAGAGAGGAAAAGGAAUUCGAGAUUACCACUCUUCAAAUCCAUAAGCACGAAGACGUUGGGAUCGGAUUUCAGCACAAAGCUCCCAGACAUUGACCUCACUCGCCUCAGCUGCACGCACAUGAACGCCGCUGUUUCUCGGCUGCGGCUAUUCGUUCUUCGUUGGGCUGUUCACACCCGAAAGGGCUGCCGAUGCUAUUCGGGCCCUAGAAGAAGGCCGACGGGGUGCCGCUGCUGCUCGUUCUCGGUUCGACUACCUCGCGUCGCCGGGAAUCUCGUCGUUGGGCCGAUUCGGCUGCUCUCGCCGGGAAAUUGGACUCAGGUCGCGGAGGAGCUCGGGGAAUCGCGGCUCGAGAUAGAAGUUAGUUGUCCGUCUAGAGAUCGGAGGUCAGAGCUCAAAGGUCUCGGAGGUCGUCGGCGCGCACGGACUCCUCGUAGCCAGAAAUGGCUGGCUUUCGAAUUCGCUGGUUCUGCUCGUAGUCGGGCUGGUGGUGAUCGACUCGCCGGAACAUGGUGCCCUUGCUGUCGAAAAAAAACGAAGCUCUGCCGUGAGGGAUGGCUGGUACAAUUGGGCCAUCUCUGCGAAUUCUCUGUGAACUUUUUACUGAAGGAGAAAAUGAGAGUGGCGGCUAAUUGGAGGGUUCCUUAA